AUGCGCUCAACAGGUGAGGCCGUAGUGCUGCAGUCUGUACCGGGAGGGGGAGGGGCGGUGUGGGCGUGCGAGGGUGCCAGCACCCGGGCAGGGCAGGGCCAGGCGGCCUCCAGCCUUCCUUCUGUGGACAAGGUCGGGUCUUUUCCAGGCCCAGCCCUGCCCCUGGACAGGCCUGUGCCGGAGGAGGAGGAGGAGGAGGAGGAGGAGGAGGUCCUGAUGGCUGGCUCGCGGGAAUUGGUGACGUUCAAGGAUGUGGCUGUGUCCUUCACUGGGGAGGAGUGGAGGCUUCUGAAGUCUGCUCAGAGGGCCCUGUACAGGAACGUGAUGCUGGAGACCUUAGAGCAUCUUGUCUCCCUGGGGCUGCCAAUUUCCAAACUGGAUACCAUCUCCCUGUUGGAGAGAGGCGAAGCACCAUGGAUUCCUGAGCAAGAAGUGCCAAGAAAAUGCUGUCCAGAUUCCCUUAGUCAGGAGACACAAUGUGAAACCAAGGACUCAAGUCUGAUGGCAGACAUUUGGAUGGGAACCUCAUCCAACAAAAUCCUACCGAAGGAUAGUUCCUGGCAUUCCAUAAUAAGAGAAUCUCAUUUCAACUUAGAAAGACACAAGGACAAGCAGGGGAGAUGGUACAAACAAGUAACAGAUACUCCUAAAACAACAUUUAAUAGAAUGAGUAUCCCUCUCUAUAAUACAUUUGGGAGAAGUUUGAGGCUGGGCUCGGUCUUUCUUCCACUCUGCGGAGGUGAUACAGGACAGAAUCUUCAUAGAUCUCCAACACUUAGAAACAGCUUCUGGGAUUUUUUAAACCUAAUUACAUCUAAUGCAGUAUCUUUAAAAAAGAACCUUUAUAAAUAUGACAAAUACAAGAAACCUUUCAGUUACCACUCAGACCUAAUUACAUUUCAUCAAAUACAUGUGGGAGAAAAGCUAGGUGAACACAGUGAAUGUGGAAAAGCCUUUGAAGGAAGAUCAAAUCUUACUGGACCUCAGAAAAGUAGAAUUGAAGAGAAGCAUUAUAAAUGUGAUGAAUGUGGAAAAGCCUUUAACCACAGAGGAAGCUUGACUAAACAUACUAGAAUUCAUACUGGAGAAAAACCCUUUGAAUGUAGUGAUUGUGGGAAAGCCUUCAGUGAGAGAGGAAAACUCAAAAGCCAUCAGAGAACUCAUACUGGAGUGAAACCCUUUGAAUGUAACGAAUGUGGGAAAGCUUUUAGUAUUAGGGGAAACCUCAAUGCACAUCAUCGAACUCAUACAGGAGUGAAGCCAUUUGAAUGUAAUGAAUGUGGGAAAGGCUUCAGUGAGAGUAGAUUACUCAAAAGUCACCAGAUAGCUCAUACUGGAGUAAAGCCAUUUGAGUGUAAUGAAUGUGGAAAAGCCUUCAAUCAGAAAGGAAACCUUACGAGCCACCAGAGAACCCAUACAGGAAUGAAACCCUUUCAUUGUAAUAAAUGUGGGAAAACCUUCAACCAAAAGCGUUUCCUUAAAAGUCAUCAGAAAAUUCAUACUGAAGAGAAGCCUUUUGAAUGUAAUGAAUGUGGUAAAGCCUUUAGCCAGAAAGGUUACCUUAAAAAUCAUAAAAAAAUUCAUAGUGGAGAAAAACCCUUUGAAUGUAAUGAAUGUGGGAAAGCCUUCUGUCGGAAAGGAUACCUUAUUACUCAUCAGAGAACUCAUACUGGUAUCAAAGCUGUUGAGUGUAAUGAAUGUGGGAAAGCCUUUAGCCAGAAAGGUUACCUUAAAAGUCAUCAGAGAAUUCAUGCUGGAGAGAAACCCUUUGAAUGUGGUGAAUGUGGGAAAGCCUUUAGCCAGAAGAGUUACCUUAAAAGUCAUCAUAGAAUCCAUACUGGAGAGAAACCAUUUAAGUGUAAUGAAUGUGGGAAAACCUUCAGCCAUAAGGGUUACCUCAAAAGCCAUCAGAAAACACAUGCUGGAAAGAAGUUAUUUGAACAAAGUCAGUGUGAGAAAACCUUCAACCAGAAUUAUCCUGAUGGUCAUCAGAAAAUUCAUAGUGGAAUAGAGCCCUUUGAAUAUAAUGAAUGUGGUGAAGCUUUUGCUGAGACAGAAGCCCUUAUUAGAUGUCAGAGGACUCAAAAUGCCAUGAAACCUUUUGAAUGUAGUGAAUGUGGAAAAGCCUUUAGAGAGAGGGGAAUCCUUGUUAGACAUCAGAGAACUCAUUCUGGAAUGAAACCUUUUGAAAGUAAUAAAUUUGGGAAAGGCUUCUGCAAUAAAGCACAUCUUGUUACCCAUCAUAGAACUCAGACUGGUUUAAAACUUUCUGAAUGUAAAUGAAUGUGGGAAAGCCUUCAGCAAAAGUAUAUGUAUGUAUACUUUAUUACCCAUAAGAAUACUUAUACUUUAAAGAAACAGUUUUAACAUUAUGAAUGGGGAAAAAAGCUUCUGAAAAAUCAAGAGUCUUAUUAAACAUCAGAGAACUCAUAGUGGAACCUAACAUUCUGAGUAUAAUAAAUAGUUUCAUCAAGAUCAGGUUAUGCCAAAGCAUAUGGCCAGCAAUUAGAAAAUGGCUAAACAAAUUGUUGUACAUGAACGUAGUGGGACAUUACUGUUCUGUAAGAAAUUAUGCAUAUGAAAAUAUUAUUAUGUAAAAUGUGGAUUCAGAAGGAAAUAAGUAGGAAAAUAAUAUAGAUGAUGACUUCAACAAUGUAAAUAGAAAGAACAACAAAAAAGAAACAACUCUGUAAUUAUAAUAUCCAGGUAUGGUCCCAGAGAAUGAGGGAAAAGCAACUAUUUCACUUCUUUGUGGAAGUUGUGUACUAUGUAUAAUGUUGCCUAUUCUUUGAUACAUUCUUGGCUUUUUAGUUAUUUUUGUGUGUUUUUUUCUGGCUCACUGGAGGGGAAGUUGAGGAAGGAUCUAUUUGGAAAUGAAGGUGAUAUAAAAAGAAAAUACAUCAUUGAAUUUAUCUUUUAAAAUAUUAAAGA